AUGGCGGACAAAUUGCUAAACGUGAGGCGUUGAAAAGACAUCUUCUAAUGUCGCUGGGAACGGCGAAGGAUUUACGGAAUCCGAGUCGGUCCAUCUAUUUAACCUACACCGAAAAGUAGAAAGGGGCGUAAUGGGGGACACUCUACCCCCCAUAAACAAGGGACACGGGGCAGGGGAGGUGCAAGGGUCGAGGGGUAAAUUCCACCCCAGGAACUGGAAGAAGCUGGGACCAUCUGAGCUGAAGAAACUGACACCACUGCAGAGGAGCAGAUACCUGGCUUAUGAAGACCCAGACAAGGUAGCUGCUGAGGCUCAGGGGAACAGUCAAAAGAGACUGAUAGAUAAAAAAAAAUCAACAACGGUACUGACACUUUUAAAUAGAGACGAGAUUACAGAAGAAGAUUUACAGGAACGAGAUAAAAAUGCAAAGUUAAUUGGACAGCUCAAGGCUGCAGAAGCUAGGAACCGACUACGUAUUAUGAGAUUACGCUACCAGGCAAAUCGGGAUCAGGAGAUCUGCCAUCUGAUAGCUUGUCAACCAACAGCUCUUAAGGCCGUCCGCUUGCAGGCUCUUGUACCCUCCAGCCUUACCCGGAAGGAUGUUGGAGACCCCCUGGACAAGCUCAAUAGGCACCGUAUUGAAUCCCUGCUGGAAGACGAGCGGGGUUUACUGACAAACAGAAUAGCAUGAUCCUGUGAGGCUGGAAGCUGGAGCUGGAGCUGGAGCUGGAAACUGGAAACAUGUAGCUGGAGAGUCCAUUGGUGUUUUUUUACUCACAAUUUACAUGUAGUCAAUCUUUAUUAUGUUGUAUCCAUACACUAGGUAAUCAAACCGAUCUCCAGUUUAGGAGGUAGAAUGCUACGUUUUCUGUUACAUAAUAGAGAAUCGUGUUGAAGAUCUUACUAAGUAAGCCAAAGAGCUAUUUGUAUAUUUUGUUUAAUUAUUUAUGUUUUCACAAGAUCGUUUGUAUUGUUGCUCAAUGGUUUUUUCUACAGCUAGUUUUUCAGCACAAUUUUUUACAUCAGACCUCUAACUCUUUCUUACAAAUGCUUACAACGUAUGUGUUUUGAUUCUGUGAAUAUUUAUUAAUGUCAGGUGAAAUACAAGUUCCAGUAAACUUCAUCAUUAUCAAACUGUUUCAAUCCUGUGAUUUGUGAGUUUCUUAACUUUGUUUACUAACUGAAGGCUUCUUUAAGUAUUAGAUAUUCCUCCAGACAAACAGUGUAUGUAAUGUACUUUUUCACAUGCACAGAUUACUGCAUAUUUUUUUAUCUUGUCAUACAACUUAAUUUAAAAGAAAAAUAAGAAGUGUCAAAAUUUUGUGUAUGCUGGUAUACAUGGAAUUGUAAGCUAUUGUAAAAAAAAAAAACAAAAAAAAAACAUUCUUGACAUUGUAAGUCAAGAAACAGUACUUGUUAUGAGUAAAGCUAUUGUAUAAAACGGAUUGUUUUGCUUAAUACAUCAAAUUUAAUAAUCAUGGCAAAUUUGUGAUUUAAAUAAUUUUUGU